AUGCGUCUUUGUCCCGUCUCUACCAUUCUUGUCCACCUUCUUGCUACUCCCAUCGUUGCUGGCUUGGCCAUCGCCUCUCCGGCCACGGCGGUCGAUUUUGUAAGGGGACCCAAUGACGCCACGAAAUCGAAGCUGGAAAAUUGGUGGACGGUUCGUGGCUUCAACUUCUACCAAUCGAUCAUCUUUCACAGCCGCGAUAACCAUACCUCGUCGAGUUAUAUCAACUUUUCCCUUACCCAUCCGGCCGUUCCCUACACGGCCCGGUGCUCGGCCGAGACUGGCAAAACAUCCGGCUCCUCACUCUCCAAGAAGAUGUUGGACUUUUUGUACGGCGCGAAUACAUACCUCUGCCGCGUACCUAAUACCGGAGACUCUGCCCGCUUUCGCUACGAUAGUUUGACCGGCGAGCUUAGCAUUUCCCACAUCUUCAUCUACCCAUACACGGGAGUGGGAUAUUAUAAUGUGACGGGGAGCGUCAGGCUGAACUGCGCAGAAGACUUCGAGCAUGAGCCGAACUGGACGAAGGAGCAGGUAUAUUCAAAUCGCACCAUGGCCUGCACCGAUAUUACCGUCAAAUUCCCCGCAACAAAGGCGGAGUUUUGGGAAUGGGCAGUAUAG